AUGUAUAUCCUCCUUGGUCCACUCGCUGUCACUCUUGGCACAAUUUCCUACUACGUCUGGCUUCUGUAUUUGACGUCUCGUCUGCCCAAGUAUGACCAUUCGCCCCGGCAUGGUCACUCGCCCAAACAAUCUCAACUUGUCAAGCUGGGUCGGCUACCCGAUGUGUCCGCAACCUUUUUCCAGAAACACCCGCGACGCUUCAUGAGCCUUACACUCGCGUUCAUCGUUCUGGGAAUUUGCGUGAUGACUGCAUGGUCGGUUCUGACUUUCAUUCGAGGGGGCUGCUGGGCGAUUGCUUUUGGUACCACGCCGGCUCUCUUGAGUAUGCUGAGAGAACUCACAUGGGAAUGGGGAAAGGUCCUAAGGGAUACGAUGGCGGAAUCGGAGCCUCUUCUCUGUAUGAUGAUGCAAGCCACCGUUCUCGGGGCCACCUGCGUAGCGUUCGGGAUCCGUCUGGCUAGGCCAUGGUGGGCCUCUAUCUAUACGGAAAUACUCACCAUUUCUUAUGGCUUUGUACUGCUUGAUCUUGCGAUGCUGUUAAUGAGUACUUUGCGUCUGCGACGUCGAUAUGCCACAGCUGUGAAGAAAGUACGUGCAGCGUUCGCUGCAGUCAACUCAACGGCGAGCUUAGCAGAAGAACUGGCGCGAAGUAUCAUGCAGUACCCACCUGCCGUACGCAUCCACAGCCCCCAAGAAAAUCUCCCCAUACAAAAUGCGUAUUUUCACUUACAUGGUGCUUGCUCAAAAAGGGCCCAAAGAGGAGGCGACCGAACGCCAAACACAGAUUUAAACGACAAGGGACUUUGGGAAUAUCAAACCACCGUCCACGAAGAGAACGAGGGGGUCGAGUUGACGGCUCAGGAUGUCGUCUAG